AGUGUACUAAUAACAUGUUUUCAUUAUGUUAGAUCGCCAAUGGUACUACCAAACCUGCACCGAAUAUGGAUACUACCAAACUACAACUUCGAACAACCAACCUUUCGGAAAGACUUUCCCACUUUCGUUGUACCACAACAUUUGCAAGGAUCUUUUCGGAAAGAAAUUCAACGUAGAUUUAUUGCAGAGAGGAAUCAACAGGACAAACAUCAUCAACGGAGGAUACAAAUUGGAAGUCACCAACGUCGUUUCCGUUCAUGGUACCGUUGAUCCAUGGCACGCAGUUGGUUUGAAGCACGACUUGAACGAAAACGCUCCAGUCUUUAUCGUCAAUGGAACUGCCCAUUGCGCCGAUUUGAGUUCCAUCAGCGUCAACGAUUUACCAGAGAUGUACGAAGCUAAGAAACGCACCAAGCAAUACAUCGCUAAAUGGUUGAAAUAAAUAAACAUUUUAUAAAUCUUGUAAAAUAAAACUUAUUUUAAAAAACUA